GUUUCAGAAAUGGCUUCGAACGAAGCCGAAGUUGUUGCAGAUUUCUAUGACAUAGAUUCGCUGCUGUCAAGAUCAGCUAGAGUAGCUUGCAUUUAUGCAGAUGGCACUCCUAGAGAUAUUUACGAUAUGCUCGGUACGACUGCUCCACAUUUCACAGAUGAGAAGGGAUACAAAGUUUUUACGCCAUUCUGGUUCGUGCGCCCAUUGGAACAGAAGGGAUUCUGCAGUCUUACCCUGCCAAUGGCCUACAAUCCCAAUGUAAGGAAUGUAUUACUGGCGCAUGGAGAACAUGCCGAUCUAGAAGAUGCUGUAGCAUUAGCGGAAUGUCUUCUGAAGACGAUGGUGCAGCGAAUAGGAGGAAUCGUCUUGAGAGCUAUUCAUGGCAAUGAGGCUCCUAAGAAAAUGGAUAAUUUGGAGAAGAAACUUUACGAGGAAAGCGUGAGGAAUAGAGAUCGGUUGCUCGACUAUUUCAGAACACAGCGACCAUCAAGUAGCCGAAAACGUCGCUACGACUUGAUACGAUGAUAUAAUACUUCUGUGAUAAUUUAUUCCAUUUGUGAUAACAAACAUGCAAUGUUCA